AUGGGCGCCACAUCGCGAGAUUAUCUGCAUGUGAUGUGGCGAAGUCGAAGAGCACCCGAGCUUACUCCGGCCUCGUUUGCACUGCUCUUCACUGUCUUGGAGCAACAUGAAGGUUCUCCUUUCAUGCACCUGACACCAAGAAUGUCGGCACCACCACCACCACCGUCCAGGCUGCUCGGAGUGCCUGGCGAGCUCAGGAAUCGCAUAUACCGCUAUGUCCUGUUGCAAGAAUCGCCAAUCAUCGUGACCGAUACCGGCUUCGACAGGCCUGGUUUGAUGAGCACCUGCAAAGCCGUUCGUACCGAGACCGUCAAGAUCUACUACGAGGAGAAUAAGUUCACGGUCGACAUCAUCAACCUAAGCUCCGAGACCCUCGUCGCUUUCUUGAGAUCAAUAGCACACCUGAAUCGUGCUUCUGAUACUACUCGUGCCCCCUUCAACUUGAUGGUCACCCCGGCCUCCCGCCAUAUUGGGGCGGGUCGAAGCUGGCCCAAUCACCUUGAGACCCUCCGGCGAAUCCAUGCCCGAGAAUUGGGCACGAUGAUUUCCCGCCCGAGCGACGCCUCCACGCAUUCCAAGAGCCCGGUAUAA